AUGAUUCGAUUGGAAAAUGAUUCGGUGGAGCAGGUGGUUGUUAUGGAUGGAUGGAUGGAGAAAAAAGAAACGAAGAGGGAUACCGGAAAAGAUGUAGAAGAAUGAGAAAAAGGUAAGAAAUCACACCGCGAACAAAAAAUGGGAGAAACGAAAACGAAAUUGGAUUGGUGCGGUGCGCGAGAGCUCCUUCUUGUUGGCUCCGCCCCUCUUCUCCCCAGUUUUUUCCUCUCUCUCGCCUUUCCUUCUCACAUAUACAUUUUGUAGCAAACCAACCAAAACCAACCCCCCUUCUUUCUUUUCUGGAAUUGCUUUUUUUCUAAUCUCAGCGAAAUUGGAGAGAGAGAAGGAGGGAGGGAAACAGCAACACAGCAAAAAUAUUUAUUAUUUAUAAUAACAACAAUCAAAAUGUAUGUGAACAUUUUAGUGUGAGAAGAAGAUGAAGAAAAUAUUGGAGUUUUGGAAAAUCUGAAAUAUUGACAUGUGUUUGUAAUCAAACUUAUUCUCAGAAUUAUGAACUUGUGAGUGUCUGCUUUCUUUCCAGAAAAAAAAAUAUCUGGAGGUAUGGGGAAUCGAACCCCAGACUUCUCGCAUGCAAAGCGAGCGCUCUACCCCUGAGCUAUACCCCCGUUGGGAAACACGAUUUCGAUUUAUCUCAAAUGCUUUUCGUUUCAUUUUAUAUCUGUCAAAAAAUCUAUAUAAGACUACUGUUCUUUUUUUUUUGGAAAAUCGUAAAGUUCAGAAAAACGGGAAAAAAAAUUAGUUCAGAAAACUAAUAUAUUGUAUUUAGUACUAGUGGAUACUGUAAUCCUUUUUUUUCGGGCAAAUGUACUUCGUAUAGUUGGGGUAUACGGUGCUUGAUAAUCCGGUGAUCAACCAGAAAAAAAAUGUUUUCCAAGUGAACAUUUUGGAAAGUAAUAAGGGAUAAGGACAGAGAGGGGUUGAAGUUGAAGAUUCUGGAAUUUUCCCAAAAUAAUUCUCAGGUUCAAGUUACUGUGAAACUUAUUGUAUGUAUUAUGAAAUGAAAUUUAUACUCAAACUUAUUUAAGUAAUCUAGAAUCUAGGUUGUUAGUCCUCAGGCGGGACGGUCUUCUUCUUUAGGACAUCUUUUUUUUUUUUUGAAAAAUCAGGAAUUGUUUCUAAUUUCACCAUGGAACUUUUUUGUAAUAAAUGUACUCGAGAGAUGCCAUUUUUAUUUUUUUAACAGUGUUAAAAAUUAUUUGAACUCAUCUUUAUUUUUUUAACACUGUUAAAAUUUACCCAAGAAUUCUUAAAAUGUUUUUGUUUUCCAAAAAAUUCAAUUCUUUAAUCAACUUUGACCGUAAUCUCAAAAAUGUGAUAUUUGGUGCAACGACACUCCGCUGGUAUGUUGUUUAGCGGCGAACAUUUUUUGAAAAUUUUUAUUUCGCGAAAAAUAUUUUUGUUGUUUUCAACUGUUUUUGUGGAUUUUUAGUGUGUACUAACUAUUACAAUAGGAGAACUUGAGUAGUUUUAGGAACCUGGAAUCUAUAUUGCACGGUUCAAUCUUUUUUCCAUGAUAAAUUUCCUUGUUUUUCCUAAAAAUCUAUAUUGUUCUUUCUAAGCGUGAAUCUCGUUACAGAUGACGAUAAAAGUCUCCCCAAUGGAAUCCAAUUCAAUAUUCGCCACUUCAAAUACAAUUUCUUCAUCUCAAAAUAUCCCAGAAUUUAUGCAACAUACAGAUGUUGAUGUAUCAAAAGUGAUAUACGUUGGAGAAAACAUUCUGUGGUUGGGAAAACGAAGAGGAAGGUGUAUUUCGAUGUGGAAAAGAGAUCCUUUAGAGAAUAUUGAUCCGUUCAAAAUUCUAACAACCAAAGAAGUCGAUGUUGAUCCAAAUGAUGUUUGGUGAGUUUGAAAACUUAGUUUUCAGUUUGAUUGGAAAAAUAAAAAAUGUUUCAUUUUUCAGUUUAAUCGGCAAAAAUUCGGCGUGCGUUGGUUUCACUGAUGGUUCGUUAGCUGUUUUGAACACUGAAAUGGAUGAUCUCGCAUUAGUCAAACGAUUUCCAAGUGUUCACGAUGGUUGUGAAUCGAGAAAAGUUGUCAGUUAUGAAGAUGGAAAAGUGUUGAGUGCAUCAACAAAUGGCUCAUUAGAACUUGUUGAUAUUGAAACUGGCACUUCUACAACAGUUUUCACAGUUAGUUUCUUUUUUGCACUUCGGAAAAUAAAUUAAGAGUUAUGUUUUUUUCAACAGGGCCAAUCUGGAAUUCGUUCACUUUGCACAACAUUUGGUGGACAAUUAGUUGCCACAGGUAGUUCAACAGGACAAAUCAGUCUCUGGGAUCUUCGACAAAAUAAUUUACAAGAAGUUUUGGAACCCAUUACAAUGCUUGUGCCAUCGGAAAAAGCGUUGGAUUCGAUAACCGCUCUCUGUUCACAUCCAGCACAAUCUAAUUUGGUAGGAAACAUGUGAUAUGUUUUUUUUUUUUUGAAAAAGAUAAACGAUGUUUUAGGUUUGUUUUGGCACAAAUUAUGGGAUCGUUGGUUUGAUUGAUGUUCGAAAUGGAAAAAAUGCGGCAGUUUCGAGUACAUAUUUAGUGACAGAGAAGUCGAUUACACAAGUUAUGUUUCAUCCAACUUGCAGUGAUAAUUUAUUAUGUUCAUCGACUGAUGGAUCAAUUUUAAGAUUGGAUGCAUCAAGUGUGCCAAUGUAUGUUUUCAAAACUUCAAAUAAUAAUUCUGUUUGUGUAUUUUCAGGACAUCUCAAACUCGAACAGUAAAAGAGAAUGUUUGGCUAACUGGCGAUCUUGCAAAUCAACUUCGCGGUGAACCAAUUCGUCGUUCAUCCAUUUUUCCAAUCUCAUCUUUCGAUUGUCGCGGUGAUUCAAUUGUUGCUUCAAGUUCGACUGGAUUUAUCUCAUCUUAUGAACACUUGCCGUUUUUUCCAAGUAGCAGUCUUUUUUGAAUAAAUUAUUGAUUUUUUUUAGAAACUUGGAUUGAUUUGUAUUUUUUUAUUCCUUGAAAAUGGAUUGAAAUAUCUAUAAUUUUUUGAGCUUUGAUUCUUUAGAUUUUUAGCUAGGAAGAAAAAUGAGCUUGCAAACUUUCACACAUUUCUCUAAUUUCAAAACUUUCUUUCUCAUUUUUCAAACCAAAAUUUGAAAAAAUUACAUUUUUUUUGCUUGCGCAGCUCCUUAUUCUAAAAUUUCCCAUAUUACAAAAAACGUCUAUUAAACAUCAAAUCACCACCACAAGUGAUUUUUCUCUCAAAAUUUGUUGAUUUUUCUGCCCUUUUCAUCCUCCUCCUUCCAUUUUCCCUCAUAUAUUUUUUCAAUUGAGCAUGUUUGCUCCAUCGAAAAAUUUUUUUCGUGGCUAUUUGUUUCUGUUGGAAUAAGUAUCAUGUUAUUUGUUUUUCCUUCACUUUUCAGCUUUUUUCUGUGCACAGGAUGUGAAGUGUUUAUCAAAAUUCUUAUCACUUUUCCCUCCAAAAAACUUUAUGAUGAAAUAUUUUCAAUUGAAACGAAUAUAUUUUUAAUUAAAGUUUUUUCCUCGCCUCGCCCAUUUUUUCCUUCAAACUAACCACAAAUCCAUCAUAUUUUUCGCCCUCUUGAACAUUUUUUGUUAUAUUUGCUUGUUGUUUCCUUUUUCCUUGAACAUAUGACCCAUUUUUCAUCUGUGACAAUGAACAAAAAAACUUGAAAAUUUCCUCGUCAGGUGUUCGCAAAUAUUUUCAGCGAUUUUUGUUUUACACUGAUCCUGCUGAUAAAAAGUAACAGUUUAAUUGAAAAGAAAUAUAUUUUUUAUAUCUUCUAGCAUGUGUUUGUUAUCAAUAUUGUUUUUCUUCACAUUUUGUUGUUCUAUGAUGUGUUGAACUGGUUUCUAUUUGGCUUCAAUUGCAUAGGAAUUUUUCUGAAAGAAGAACAUUAUGAGAUACUUUGAAGGUACCUCGAAACAUUGCUUUGAAAAUUGCACUAGAUCGAUUGUUCUUUGAGAUCUGUCUGUCCGUGAACAACACAUGCUUUUCUUUUCUAUCUCAUGAAACUUUCUUCAUUUCUUGAGAAGAUAUUUUUGCUGAAAUGUUUGUUUCUCUUCAAAUAACCUUUAUUUGAGCCGUCUGAAAGUUUUGAUUUUUUUAAUUAAAAAAUUAAUUUGAAACUUUCAAAGUGAAAGCAAAAUUGGAUCCACGUCACUUUCAAGCAAAUAAACAUCAGCUGAAUUUUUCGCGAUUUUUUGAAAAAAAAAAGAAAAAUAUUGUCAUUCCGAAAAUAAAAGAACCCCCGUUUGAAUUGGCGCUCACGUACAGUAGACUAAAAAUGACGUGACACAUGCACAUCAAACUGGUUGGCAAAUAGCCAACGUGUAAAUUUCGCAUUUUAUUUUUCAAGUAGACUCCAAAAUUUCGCGAAGUCUACUGUAGUAUUGGUUUCCUAGGCCAUGUCGGUUCUCUUCCAAGGUUCUUUUUUUCGGAAUGACAAUAACAAUAAAAUAUUUGGACGUGAAUGACGUGUGAAAAUUUAUUUCAUUUCAAAAAAAAUUCCAGAAAAUUUAUUACUGAUAAUUUUCUGAUGAAAUAUUUGAGCUGAUUAAAAUCGACUUUCGAGCUUUUUAACUAUAAUUAGAGAAAUUAAUCAUUUCUUCACAAACCCCCAUUCAAAAUGUGUUCAGAAAACCAAAGUUCUUCAUCUCCCCAAAAAAGAUGUUCAAAAAAUGUCCGAACAAACCUUGUAAUCCUCCAAAGAAAGUUGUUUUCAACAAGGUCACAUUUUUUCCUUGAAAUUUCCAUUUUCGAUCAUACUUCCCAUUCUACAUCGAUAUCAUAAGUUACAUUUUGUUUUGUUGACUCAACUUUAAUUCGACAACACAAAUGUUCUUAGGUUUUGUUACCUACGUACCUAUAUUACGUGGCUCUUCAUUCGUUUUCUUAUCUAUCUAUUUGCUUUUGUUCAAUCGCAUUUUCAACAAAUUUUUUUUGUUGCAGGCAAGCAAGUUCCGCCCGCCCCAACGAACGACCCCUUUCUCAUUCCAUCUUCAAUCGACCCGUUCCGAAAUGUGAGUUGUUUUAUUUUAUUUUUUGCAAACACAUUAUAAAAAAGUACAUUCAUAUGAAAAAAAGAUACAGUAUUCUUACACCUGCUAUUCAGUUUCCGGGUGUGUUUUUCUCUUCGUUUUUUUCUCACUUGGUUUUUCUUCGUCAUUUCAUUUUUCUUUUCCUUUUGCUAUCUUCCCCCUAUCGAUUCGCUAUUGUUUGGUUUUGUAUUUGAACCGAACGGGCGGGCGGUCAGAGUUUUUUUUUUUGCAGAAAAAACUUUACAUAUUUUUUCUUGUUAGAAAGUUGUUUUUUGCCAGGCAGGACAGAAAAAACAACAUGAAAAGUGCAAAUCGAAAAACAAAAUCAUUUUUCAUCAGUUUUAUGUGUUUUUCCAUCAAUUUAACUUACACAUGAAAUUUGUUGUCUUCCGAAAUCUUUCGAUGAAAUUUAGUUUUGAAAAUACAUGCUGAAAAUGAUUCCAGCGUCAAAAGUAAAUUUAUUGAUCUAUAAAGUGUCUAAAUUGCUCAUAGAGAACUUAACCUAUUUUUUCGAUUCUAGCAUAGUUUUCAGCAUGGCUUAAUUAGUAUUCUCUCCAAGUUUCAUUUAAAUUUAAUUUCGGGAUCAUUUUGAAACUGUUUGUAUAGAAAUUUUCCUCAAAGUCUGAUCUGCUCAAAUUUUAACAUUAGUUAUGAUGACGUGGAAAGUUUUGAAAAUCUGAAAAAUGUUAUUUUUGCGCGAGACUGUUUAGCUUUUGCCACAUCAAAAUAUCAACAAAAAAAAGUAUAGUUGAUCAGAAUUUGACUACAAAAUCAUUCCUUAAAAUUUAAAAUUCUAUCCCCCUCCGCCCCAAACAAUUAAUGAUGUGUGUGUUUUUCCAGACCUAA